AUGACGCAAACUCAUAAAAGUAGCAUGAACAAAAGAGAGCAAAAAGCGAAAGCAAAACAAUUUUAUUUGCUGGCAAAAAUGAUGGUCAAAAUUGGUGUUUCUUUUAUUAGCCCUUUAAAGACAUUCCGCGUCUCCCCCGUCACAGUUUUAUGGCACAAUGCUAUCGAUGUGAUUCCAUCAAAAAGUAAUACAAUUUGA